AAGUCAUACCGAUGCAUUCACAUAGGGAGCAACAGAAAAAGUUUGGUAUUUCAGCACAAGUGUGUGAAGAUGCCGGAUGAAAUUUAUGAAGACCCACAAGGACCUGAAGAUGAUGAAUGUAGAAAAAGGAAGAGUAUGGACAUUGACCAAGUCUCCGCCAAUGUCCUUAAUCCCAGAAGGAAGCAUGGAGUUUCUGGUCAAAAUUCAGUUAAUCCCUACAGAGUCACUACAGUGUGUCUGGGACUGCUGUGUGUUCUACUACUGAUUGGGAUCUUAGGACUGUUUUGCUACCAAAUAAACCUACUGACCAGUUACAACAAACUGAUGGAGGAGAGAGACCAGCUACUGAGAAUUACAGAAAUGCUGAACAACAAGAUCAGGGUAAAAUUUAAAGGGGGAUCCUGUCCUGAAGGAUGGAACAAGUUUGAAACCAGCUGUUACUACAACACAACUUUGAAGAAAACCUGGGAGGAGAGUAGACAGGACUGCAUUGAUAGAGGAGCAGACCUGGUGAUCAUCAACAGCAGGGAGGAACAGUCAUUCGUCAAUCAGUUAUUUGGACCAGGAAACUACACCUGGAUUGGUCUGACUGACUCUGACACUGAGGGGACCUGGAUUUGGGUGGAUGGCUCUCCACUGACCACCAAGUUUUGGGAUAAAGGGCAGCCAAACAACUUAAAUAGCCAGGACUGUGGGGAGGUUAUCCACAGUUCAUCCGACCCAGGGAUGUGGAAUGAUGACGGAUGUCACAAGACAAACAGCUGGAUCUGUGAGAUAUAGGACUCUUAUAGGAACUAUGUGCUAACUACGUAGAUUACUGAGAAGUAGAUAGUCUGUCUACCAAUCUGAAGAAAAACUAGGGCAGAGCUGUAAAAGUUCUAUAUUAAAGUUAUAAAUAAUUGGAUAAUUUACC